UGUCAGCAAGUUCCAAUGACACGGUCGACAUAAAAAAAGGAGGGCUUUGCCUAUAAAAGCACGCAAAACAUCUUCUCUCCGUUUUCAUUUUCGUUUCUCUUCGAAAUCGACAUAAUGGCUUCGGAAUCCUCAGUAACCGAACCGAAAACUGCCCCCAUAGAAAACCAAACCUCUGUUGAAGCCACCAUCAAAGGAUCCACCACCACCUCCUCUCAAGGUGGAGCCGCUGACUCCACCUGCAACGACGACAACAAUGGAGAGACUUCAGACCCUCACAAGUCUCUAGAUUUCGCUGUUGAGUUAUCAGAGAAAGGAACUAACGCGCUUAAAGAAAAUGACUUCAGUGAAGCCGUAGAAUGCUUUAGCCGUGCCCUUGAAAUCAGGGUUUUGCAUCAUGGUGAGCUGGCACUUGAAUGUGUGAAUGCGUACUAUCUAUAUGGACGUGCACUGUUGUAUAAAGCACAGGAGGAGGCUGAUCCGUUGGCUAUGGUACCAAAGAAGGAUAGUGAAUCUAAACAAGAUGAUAAUAAAGAUGGAGCUUGUAGGAAUUUUGUAAAUGGAGAAUUUUCCUCUGCUUCUGUUUCUAUUAAUGUUGAAGAGGGUGGGGGUUCUAAUCAUCCUGAAGGUGCAGCUGGUGGCGCUUCUAGUGGGAAGGAAAAAGAAGAAGAAGAAGAUGAUGAGGGAAGUGACGAUGAGGAUCUUGCUGAAGCAGAUGAAGAAGAGUCUGACCUUGAUUUGGCAUGGAAAAUGCUAGAUGUUGCCAGAGCAAUUGCUGAAAAACACCUCGAUGACACGAUGGAUAAAGUUGACAUUCUAUCAGCACUGGCAGAAGUUGCAUUGGAAAGAGAGGAUAUAGAAACAUCUCUCAGCGACUACCAGAAAGCACUAUCCAUUUUAGAAAGGCUUGUUGAACCAGACAGUAGACAUUUAGCAGAACUAAAUUUUCGAAUAUGUUUGUGUCUGGAGAUUGGGUCUAAGCCUCAGGAAGCAAUCCCUUAUUGCCAGGAGGCUAUAUCAGUUUGUAAGGCACGGUUGCAGCGGCUCAUCAAAGAAGUAAAGAGUUCCACAGAGUCAGCAACAUCGUCAGCUGUUUCUGAAUUAGAUGAGGGUGUCCAGCAGUCGUCCAAUGUGCAGGCUGAUAAAUCUGUGACAGAUAAAGAAGCAGAGAUUGAAACACUUUCUGGCUUGUCUGCAGAGCUGGAAAAGAAGCUUGAAGAUCUACAACAGCUGGUCCUGAACCCAAAGUCCAUUCUUGCAGAAAUCCUUGGAAUGGUGUCUGACAAGGCAAAAUGUGGUGAGAAAAGUGCAUCUCCAAAUCUCAUGAGCUCUUCUCAGUUGGAUGUUGCUAAUAGUGGUGGAAGUUUUGACUCUCCAACCAUUUCCUCUGCUCACACAAAUGGGGUGUUGGGAGUCACAGAUCUUGGUGUUGCGGGAAGAGGAGUUAAGCGAGUUUUGACGAGUACAGGGUCGGUAGGAUCAUCAAGCACAGUGAAGAAACCCACCCCAGAUCCCUUAUCUGACAAAGGGGAUGGAAAAACCUGUUAGUGGUUCUGAGUCUGAAUGGUCAGUGAUUUCGUGUUCAUAAUGCAAGCUGUUAAAGAUUCUAGCGUUAACAAAUAUAACCAUUCAAAUAUUUAUGUCAUGGGUCCCUGAGGACUGCUUGCUUGGUCUUGCUUGGUGACCGGUGUUCUAGCUAGUGUUAAUGUGCUAAUUGUCAUGCAGGUGGCAGUAACUUCCCUAUGUUCUUUCCAUGAUAUGACUUUGGAGAGCAAUACUUUAUUAGCACCUUGUAAAAUCUUUUCCUGUAUCAGUUGUACUAACAUGAUAGUGUACUGUAUUAAUACUGGGAGGAAUGGACUGUUUGAAUCCA